AUGGAAUCGCCAUUUUCUGAUAUGGAUUGGCUUGAUACAGCAUCGAAUACUCUUGAUCUUGCUAUACAAAAAGGUCUUUAUACAGAAUUUAGUCAUUUAAAAUCGGAUCUUGAUCGUAUUCGUUUUAUACAUAAUCAUCGUUCAAGUCUUUUAUCAAAUACAUUUGAACGUUAUUUAUCAUCGACAUCAUCAUCUCUAACAAAAAAUGCAACAACAGCAAUAAAUUUUCGUAAAAAAGGAAAUGAUUAUUUUGUUAAUAAAAAUUUAUCACGUGCAGCAUGGUGUUAUCGUGCAAGUAUAGCAUUAUCAAUAAUAAAUAGUCAAGAUAUGGCAUUAUCAUAUGGUAAUUUAUCAGCUGUUCUUUUUGAAUUAAAUCAUUAUCAUGAAUCAAUACGUGCUAUUCAAUUAGCAAAUGAUUUUUAUCCGAAUGAACUCAAAUUCAAACUAGUUUUUCGUCGUGCAGCUUGUUAUCAUAAAUUAAAUGAUCCUGAACGUAGUGCAUAUGAACUUAAGAUAUGUCGCGAUUUAAUAAAGAAAACGGCUGGACUUGAUAGAAAAAAAAUUGAUUCAUUUUGUAAAGAAAUGGAUCAAUUAAGUGGACAAAUAGCACUUUUAAAUAAACGAAAAGAAGAAGAACAACACCAAGAACAAGAACAUACGAAAUCAUAUAAAAAUCUUGAUGAUCUUAUUCAACAUUCACAAACACCAACUGAAACCUUAGCUACUUGUCUAUUGAAAUCUACAGAAGAAAAACUUGAUAAUGAAUUUUGUCCACCAUCACCUCCAUCACCACCUCGAAGUGUUUUUCUCAUUAAUGAAUCAAAUUUAUUAUUACAUGGACCUAAUGAACAUGUACCUUGUGCUAGUACAACUUUAAAUGUUGCAUAUUCAAAAGAUAAAGGACGACAUAUAAUUGCUAAUCAAGAUAUUCCAUCGGAUUCAUUAAUACUUAACGAACGUCCAUAUGCUUGUUUAUUAUUACCUAAAUUUGCUUAUACUUACUGUGAUCAUUGCUUAACUUCUAUUGUUAUCCCAUAUGUGUGUCCUCAAUGUUCUCAUGUUCUAUUCUGUAGUGAACAUUGUCAACAACGUGCACUUGCUAGUUAUCAUCAAUAUGAAUGUAAACAUAUUCAUGUACUUAAAACAUUAGGAAUUGCUUUUCUUGCUUAUCGUACAUUAACAAUAACUGAUCAUGAAACAUUAUGGACAACAAUAACACAAACAACAAUUCCGAAUGAAAAUGAAAUAAAAACAAAUUCCUAUAAAUCCGAUUAUUUUUCUAUACAAAAAUUAAUCACACAUACAGAACAAAUGUCUAUAGAUGAUUUAUUUCAUUAUUCAUUAACAGCUUAUUUACUAUCUGAAAUAAUAAAAUCAACAAAUUUUCUACAAUGUAAUCAAAUAAAAAAACGUGAUACAGAACAAAUUCUACUUGCAUCAAUAUUACUUAAACAUAUACAACAAAUGAUUUGUAAUGCUCAAACAAUAUCAAUAACAAAAACAAAUCAAAUCGAUGAAAUUAUUUUUGAUAAUGAAGAUGAUCAAGAUGAAAUAACAAAACGUUUUGCAUCGGCUAUAUUUCCAACAUGUGCAUUAAUGAAUCAUUCAUGUGUUCCAAAUAUACGUUGUGUAUUUGAUCAAGGAUAUUUACGUGUAUAUACAGCAAGAUCAAUACGUCAAGGUGAAGAAAUUCUAAAUUGUUAUGGACCACAAAAAACUUUAAUGCCAUCGACUGAACAAAGACAAAAUGUUCUAUUCGAACAGUAUUUUUUUAAAUGUCAAUGUGAAGGAUGUAUUGAUAUGAUAAAAUCACAAGGAGAUAAAAUGACAAAUGGUGAGAAUUAA